UUAGGUUUUAAAAAAAAAAAAUUAUUAGUGCUUAAAUCUGUAAGUUCAAGUUCCUAAUUACAAUGUCUGAAAAUCAAUUUGGAGACAAAAUAAAGGAAUUGGACUUAAGUCAUGACGAAAUUGAUAGACUAACAAAAUGCAUGAAGGAUGAAAAGUUCCGAGAUUUGUUACGAGAAUAUGCAGAAGAAAUAUCAGAUCCUGAGAAUCGGAAACGGUAUGAAGAAGAAAUUGCGAUGUUAGAAAAAGACAGAGGAAUGGAUGUGAAGUUUAUUAACCCCAAUCCUGGGCAUGUUUUGAAAACAAGUGUAAAUGGGAAACAAAAAUGUUUCAUCAACAUAUGUACCAAUGAAAACCUAGGUCACCCUAGAAGUCGGCCAUCGAUGCAAGGCAAGACACGAGGAAUGCAGUGGUCAAUCCCACACAGUGUGUCGCAAGCUAGAGAGGAUGUUGAUAAAUCUGGAACAAAGUGCAUGGUGUAUGACGUCGUUUUUCACCCGGAUACUUAUUACCUGUUGAAGAAAAAUGAUCGUUUUAGAAAAAUGAUCCACGACACCGCACUUGAUGCCGUUGAACGACAAUUUGAUGUUGAAUUAGAUAAAGUAAACAUACGUAUGCCAAAAAUGACGUUUAAAGGUUUGCCAAUGUCAUCUGUUAUAAGAACACCACAUUCUAAUGAAACUGUAAAAGAUUCCUCGUCAUUAGAAGAUGUUGAUGUUCGACUUCGUCCACCAUUUGCUGAUGUGAAUGGAGAAAACACUGAAUCAGAAGUGAAAGUUAAACAAGCUUCAAAAGCUAAACCUUACCCUCACUGUAAACAAGAUGUGGAAAAAGCAAAAAAAAUGAAGCAACCUACAUUCAACGGUGAAGCUGCAACAAAAAAUGAUUUAGAAUGGGGUUAUAUUGAACCAGAGUACAGCAUAACACAUCGAGGAUACUUUAAUAUGCAGAAUUAUCGGCUUGCACCUGAUGUGAUGCCAGAUACGUGGCCCAAAGAACUCGUCAUAACCAUCGACCUUCCAUUGUUAAGUGCAGCUAACUCUGUAAACCUUGAAGUAUUUGAACGUCGAGUGCUUUUGGAGUCGGUCAAACCAGCCAAAUACAAAUUAGAUUUUGAACUUCCUUAUCCUGUGGAUGAAAAUAAAGGUUUUGCGAAGUUUGACAAGAAUCGCCACCGAUUAACUGUCACGCUCGAAGUAUUACCCGCUCCCCCUCCCCCUAAACUUCUUCCCUUCACUUGUCCACAACUUGUUAAAGAAUGUACUCAAAAAGAUUCCGAAGGAAAUCUUGGCGGUGAAAACACAAACAGUGAAAAAGUAAUAAAUACAAACAAGGAAACUACACAUACAGAUCCUUCCCAUCAUAGAAAUAAUAAAAAGCAAAAGCAGAAGAAUGUCGAAACAUGUGAUCAGCAGAAACAAGCUGUGUUUGUUGAAGAUGAUCGAAGGCAUUAUCAACAAGGAGUCAAUUGGAAGGACGAUGAUGAUCUUUUUGCUGAUCCAGCAACUGCUCCAGGAAAAGUUGAAGUUUUAACCAAAAGUUCUGCAUUUUUGAUCGAUAUGGUGAUGAAGUAUGAAGGUCUAAUUCGACGAUGCCCACAAUAUUCUUUCCAACAGGACAACCACUUUGUUACAUUUGUCAUUGAAGUUCCACACAUAUUUGAAGAAAGUUUAUGGUAUGCGGUAUAUGACAAUAUGCUGCAGUUUUGCUGCUUGUCAGAAUGCCUUGAUGAUGAUAUGGUCAACUCAGUCUUUCAAUUAUGGAUAGAAUUUGAUGCUGGUUCCACCAUUGACCCACAAAGGUCUCGGGUUGAUGUUUCAGGAAACAACGCAGUGUUCUGUUUAAGAAAAUGUCAAAGCAAACAUCAGUGGCACAACAUUAAAGCUGGAUUUGACAAAGACAAUUUGGAGGUAAGAAGAUUUGCAUCAGGUCAAAAUGUGUGCGAUUUAUACACACUACUGUUUAAACAUGCGGACGGUGUAAAGGCUUCUCCUAUUGCUGUUUGUAGCAUGCUGCGCGUUGAAGAGGAUUUGCUCAUUAUCCAACUUAAGCAAAAGGAGUUGGAUUCUAACACAUCAGAAAAGAAUCCAGCUAUAAAAGAAACUGUUGCUUGCAAUGAUCAAACAUCAGACCUGGAAUCAUUUGAGCCAGAUGCAUGUGAAUCGGAAUCACAGGAACCAGAAGUUCAUGACACAAGUGAAUCAGUUGAUAGCGAUGAUGAUGUUUCCCCUGAUAAAGCGCACAUAACUGUAUGUGAUGAUGGAGUUAAUGAACGUGGUCAUGUGACAACAUCAAGAAUCAAUUUGUCUUGUGAUGAAUUAAUAAACCAACUUGAUAAUGACAUUUAGGGGAAUAGAAUUGGUGAUUGACAAAAUCUAUAAAAUAAGUUCAUUUUUUACUUUUUUUACGAGCAGUGUGCUAUUGUAUAUGUUGAGUAGGUUAUUCUGUAUCUUUAGUAUUGCGACACUGUAAUCAAAAUUUGUAUAUUUAAUAAUAUAUUUUUUAGAAUAAAAUCAACCCAAUAAAAAGUAGAAUUUGGAUGCAAGUUACACUUUAAUGUAAAGAAACACUUUAUUUUUUUUAAACUGUGUAUUAUGUAAUUUUCUUCUCACUAAAGUGCAUAUCCUUUUGUGUUUAAAUAUGUUAUUUUAGCAUUUGUUGGAAAUAUAUAUGUUUUGUUUUGUAA